AUGGCAUCUUUCAGACAAGAGACGCUGGGUCAUAGCAAUGACAGCGGUCUGAAAAAAUUGGCUCGAGCUAUGGGAGUCAAGAGAGCUGUAAGGGACAGUUCCUGGUGGAGCUCUGAUGAAGAUGAAGACUACGAGUACUAUUUAUGGAAAAAAUAUCGCCGUGAGAAGAUAAGACGACGACUUAUGCAGAGAUCAAGUAUCAUUAUCACAACCAUGGUAGCCCAUAUUCUAGUAGUUAUGGAGCGUCUCCGUAUGCGGGAUACUACAGGCCAUCGUACUACAACCCAUAUAGGUAAGCAAUUACUAUGUGGUUUCGAACGGGUUGUGUCAGAAAGAACAUUUACUUCUGUCAAAUCGUUACAAUUAUUAAAGGGUCUAAUUCAAGAAUAAAU